AUGGGAAUGAUGAUGGUCGAUCAAGGCUAUGAUCGCCCACCAGAGCUUCGACGUGAUCCUUUCUGGGAAGGAACUCACCCUCUCUACUCUGAAGAGACUUCACGUAUUCCUAAUCAUGUACAGCAAGGAUCUGCCAGUCAAGUAAAACUGGCAGGUUCCACAUCCGAAAUAAUUAUGAUGCCCAUUCUCGGACAAGAACUCGAAGCUCUCCAGCGUUUUCCACAGAUGCCUCAAUUCGAUUCAUCACUGCAUUUCGUCAUUAUUCCGUCCUUGAAUCGUGCCAGGAUUAAAACGGAAGAAAAACCUCCUGUUGUGAUCCUUGAGACCAUACAAGUCGAGCCAUCCCCAGUCAACGAGCUUAUUCCUUCGGCACAGACAUCCGCCCAAUUAGUGUCGCUAUACCGACCGAGUCGCCCGUGUACAGUGAGAAAUUCGUGUAUAAUAUAA